GGUCGGGGCUAAUGUCUGUCAAGAAAGGGGUUCCGUUUGUAUUUCCUCCCUGGGACAUGAGGGAGUGGAGGGGUAAGCCGCACAGGGCAGCGAGGGGGCGCGACAAGACCCGCGGCCAGAGCCCCCGAGGCCAGGCCUGGGCCCGCGGGCGGUCGCUGCUGGAGCCAGGAAGUAGAGGGGCGCAGACGAUGCGAGAAAAAUUGUGGAUGCCCUGGAACGGGCUCAUCGUGAUCGGGAAGAGAAUGGAGCUCCUGGGUAGAAAUACGCAAAAGCCUAGGGUGUGGGACCCGAAGCUUGAGUCUGAGGACUCGAGACUGGAAGAUGUGGAGAAGACAGCCUUGAGAGGAAAAUCAGGCCGGAGUCAGGGUGUGAGACGAGGGCACAGUGUAGCCAGUGCAUUACAGGCUUCCGCGGGUUUGGGGAAAGAGCGCUCAAAGAAGAUGUGGGGAAAGCAAGAAGUCAGACACGAAAUCGAGGCUGAAUCUGAGAAUGCCGGGACAACGCCAGGGCCUAGGAAGGGGUCUGGGUUUAAAGAGAGGUUGAAGUUUACUGGAGGGAGGACCAGUGGUGAGGACUUGAGAUCCAGAGGCAAUGACCUAGGGCAGAAUGAGGAGGAGCUGAGGUCUGGUGGAGAGAAGCUGAGGCUGAGUGGAGAGAAGCUGAGGCUGAGUGGAGAGAAGCUGAGGCUGAGUGGAGAGAAGCUGAGACUGAGUGGAGAGAAGCUGAGGUCGAGUGGGGAGAGGCUGAGGUCGAGUGGGGAGAGGCUGAGGUCGAGUGGGGAGAGGCUGAGAUCGAGUGGGGAGAGGCUGAGGUCGAGUGGGGAGAGGCUGAGGUCGAGUGGGGAGAGGCUGAGGUCGAGUGGGGAGAAGCUGAGGUCGAGUGGGGAGAAGCUGAGGUCGAGUGGGGAGAGGCUGAGGUCGAGUGGGGAGAAGCUGGGGACUAGUGGAGAGGAUUUGAGAUCCACUGGAGAUCAACGUCCGUCAAGUAUAGAGAAGCUGGGAUCCAGUAGGGAGAAGCUGGAGAGUAGUGGAGAGAAGCUGGAGGGUUUAAGAACGGGGAGCAUACAAGAAGAGAAAGUUGAAAACAUGGUAGAAGUUACUGGUGAUGAAAGAUUGAUAGCAAUUGUGGAUGCUGAGAUGGAAAUGCCUUUCCAAAAGGUAGAGGAGAAUGAUGAAGAGCUAGAAGAGACUGAGGAAGGGGUGGAGGCUGAAGAGGAUGCCUUAGAGGGAGUGAAUGAUAAUACUGAUGAAUCUGUUUCUAUGGAAGAGAAAGAGAAUAUAGAUGAAGGUACCAGUGAAUGAGGCGGAUGAAGGAUUUAAGCUAAAGAAGGAAGGAGAAGCAGAUAGGGAAAGUAUUACAAGUCAAAGAGGAGAAAUUAGAGCCAAGCAGGUUAUUGAUCCUCAAGGGGUAAAUAGGAGAGAGAAAGGAGAGCAUCUGAGCCUAAGAGGAGAGAGAGUAGGAUUGAAGAGCUACUGAGAGUGAAGGCAGAGACCAGGACCAAAGGAAGUGGAGAAGAGUCAUAAAGAGGGAAAUGGAACAUUUUGAGAAGAAAGAGAAGACUUGUUAGUCUGUUGAUAAGAAGAGGAAAAAUGGACAUUGGUUUCUUGGAAAGGAGCUAUGACUCAGGAGCUUGAAGGGAAACAGUUGAGAAGUGGAUUCAGGAUGAGCUAGGUUUUAAUUUAACACGUGACUGGGCUUAUGAGACGUAGGAGAAUGCCUAGUGAGAAAAACGGAACAUCACAGCAGGGCUGAGGGCGGGUCAUGAAGUUGUGGAAGAAGAUGGGGGCUGCUGUAGACAAAGUCAGUUUCUGAAGGAGGCCACUAAAGAAGAAGGAGGGACUCAAGUGACAAAAGCAGAAGCAGAGAGAAGAAAAUAAAGAAGUGAAGAAAAAAAAGUAAGCAGCCCAAUCC